UGGACCGACACUAAACUAGCUAAUGGCCGUAAUGGCGCCGUGAUUGACGUCUACUGCUCCACUCGCGUCCACUCCCGCCUGGUUUGGUCUGUUUUUGCUCUUCGCUUUUACAGAAAGCACGGGAAAUGGCUUGUUCCGCUGUACGAUCGCCCUGUAUUCUUCGUAAUUCUACGGUAAGGCAUUAUGCAGCUGCUGCAGCUGUUCAAUGUUCCAAUGUUGCGAUCCCUGAGCUUCAAGUAUUGUCGAGCAAUAAGGUGACAGUUGCUGCACUUGAUAACAAUAAUCCUGUUGCUCAAUUAUCAAUCAUCUUCAGAGCUGGCUCGCGGAAUGAGGCAUACGAUACGCAAGGCACAAUGCAUCAUAUUCGAAUCGCUGCUGGUCUGAGCACUUGCAGGUCAACUUGCUUUGGAAUAACUAGGAAUAUCCAGCAACUUGGUGGAAAUUUAACUGCUACCACUGAUCGUGAAAGCAUUGCAUAUACAUUACAAAUUACAAGAAAUAACUUAGACAAAGCUUUGACUUUCCUAGAGGAUGUCACCACGCAGCAAGUGUUCAAACCAUGGGAACUAUCUGAUCAGUUACCCAGAUUACGCUAUGAAUUGUCCAUGAUACCCGAGACAACUCGUAUAAUGGAAUUGUUGCAUAAAGCAGCUUAUCAUACUGGACUAGGUUAUUCUCUAUACUCGCCAAAGAGACAGCUUGGAAAAAUCGGCACAGAGACUUUGCAACAUUUUGUCAAUACUUGGUUUACCGGUUCGAAAUGCGCAAUCGUAGCAACGGGCGUAUCGCUGUCGGACGCGACAAAAUUUGCUUCAAAUCUGCAAGUAGGUUCGGGAGAUAAUACUGUGGAAGCUGCCAAGUAUCACGGAGGGGAACUUCGCAAGGAGCGUUCCUCCGAAUUGUCUACUGUAGCGGUAGCCGUUGAGGCAGCGGGUUUAAACAAGGAGAAGGACGUUGUCGCUUACGCCGUGUUGCAGAGAGCAAUUGGUUCUGGUCCUCGUGUAAAAUGGGGCUCGAGUGUGUCUCCACUACACAAAGCAGUCUCCAGUGCGACCAACACCGAUCAAUUUGCCCUUUCGGCAUUUAAUGCUUCUUACAGCGAUUCCGGACUGUUUGGCUUUGUUCUAUCCUCUGUACCUAGCGUUGCCGGUUCCGUAACAAAAGCUGCUACUGCGUAUCUUAGAUCGCCCAAGCUUUCCGAUGCUGAUAUCGCGCGCGGUAAGACUACGUUAAAAGCGGAGAUAUUAUAUGCCGCGGAUAAUGACACCGCAUUGUUAGAAAAUAUGAGACACCAAGUGAUUUUCAAAGGACGCGCGUAUAAACCGGCUGAUCUAGUUGCAGAAGUAGACAAAAUAACUGCAUCUGAAGUCAAAUCGGUCGCUGGGAAACUUGCUGGCGGAAAAUUGUCCAUGGCUGCAAUCGGCAAUUUAUGCACCGUUCCAUAUGUCGAUGAAUUGAAAUAGAUACACACUAAUAAAAAUCUAGGCAGUAUCAUUUACUGUGUGAAUCUUCGUGUCUUUUAAAUAUUUUUUGUCUAGUUCAGCGAGGUAUACACACGUUUAUCAGAGUGUAGAAUCUAUAUUUGCGAUAUUAAUAAUAAAAGAAAAUAUCGUGCUGUA